GUCCAUUGUUUUGUCGCGUGCGUGGGUUGGGUGAGAGCGAGCUUUCGUGCAGUCUUUUCCGCAAUUAUUACUUUUUCCAGUGUCAACCUAACCCAUAAAUUAAAAGAAAAUACUGUAUAAUUAAAAGUUAAGAAAGGUCUAAUUUUUUGAGUUAGAAAGAGCGAGAAACACUUUUUGUGAUCAUCAUCCCUGUUUGGGUGUUGAUUUUUCUUGAGUUCUGAGAGCUUUGAGGUGGGUGAAAGAUGGCGACUUCUGAUGAAAAGCUGGCGCACGAUCAAGAUGAGUUCAUCUCUUUGGAGCUUCCCGCACCCUCUUCCUGGAAGAAACUGUACAUACCAACUGAAGGAGGGAGGGUCCUAUUUGUUGCACCAACAGGAGAGGAGAUCAACAACAAGAGACAGUUAAAUCAGUAUCUGAAAUCUCACCCUGGCAACCCUGCAUCAUCUGAGUUUGAUUGGGGUACUGGGGAAACUCCUAGGAGGUCAACAAGGAUCAUUGAAAAGAGCAAGUCAAGACCAUCAUUGACUUCAGAGAUUGAGACGCACAAGAAACGGCGCCGGACUUCCUCUGGGAGAAAGAAGGACAUUAAGGACACAGAGGAAGAAGUAGGAGGGAAAUAUGCCGAAGCUGCAAAAGAAGAAACCAAUGUUGAUGGAAAGAGAGAAGUAAACUCCGCUAAGGAGGAAGUGGUGGACAACAAAGAAGAUGAAAUACCAAAAGAGGAGGAGUCCAUUGAGUCCAAGGAAUCAUCCCAGUUCGAAGCAGGCCCUAAAGACGACGAGGAUAGAAAAACAAAAGAGGUUAGUCCGGGCAAAGAAGCAAUGGCUGGAGAUGAAAAUCAGUUAGAGGUGGCCAAGUUGGAGGAAAAUGGUAUCAGCCAAGACGAAACCAAGGAGGGAACUGCUGAGGCUAAAAAUGAGGGAACUGCUGAGGCUAAAUAUGUGGAGGCACACCAAUUAUUACCAAGCAAGGAGUUUGCAGUUGAAACUAAAGAAUGCCAUGAACGUGAAAAAGAAGAGGAUACUGAAAAUAAUGAUAACGAGAAGAAAGAACCAGUGAUAGAAAAUAGUGUUGUAGUUAGUCAGGCUGGGUUCACAAAUGCCCCCUCUCCUGCUCCUAUUAGCUGCUGAUUGAAAGGGUUUACCGCUCAUCUUAUGUGUCUUUGUACCACUGUCUUCCAUCUUUUUGGAUGACUGUAUGUAAUUACUGAGUGUCAUAGAUGUGUAGUUUUCAGGAUUCAUGUUUCUCAGUAUAUGGAUGACUGUGAUGUUUUUAUUUUCGUGAUAGGCUGACUUGUGUUUCGACACGUGUAUCAACUCUUGUAGUAGUUUUACUUGUCACUAAUAAUGGACAUAAGCAGUCUCUUAAAAUGUCUCAAAUAGUUGUGGAUUUUCCUAGCCCUGUUGGUAGUUUUGGUCUUGUACACACUGUUCUGGAACUACGGGCAAACGGAACUGACCAGACUAGUCCCUGGGUACAAUCUGGUCACGUCUUCCUAAACUGGUUCUAAGGCCAGUUUCGGAAUCAGUUUUAUUUUUAAUUAGACUACGAAUUUGGGUAGGAAAAGAACUUGUAUGAUCAAAUUCUAUAUGACUCUGAACCAAAGUAUUACCAGUUCUAACUUCUACAUAUAGUUUCCCUUUUUUGGACCGUAAUUGGAUUUGUCUACCCAUACUUUUAAUACGGAGUAUAACUUUUCACUUAAUAGAUCUAGUUUUAUUCAGACACGCUCUAAACUCUGAAGUCUGCUAUUUUUCUGUGCUGGUUAUUGGAGGUAAACUCUAGUUAAAUCAUAAAAAAUAUGUAUCUAAGCAAAAAGUUAAAAGAAGCAAGAUAAUACACUUAUAGGAAUGGUGUUAAGAUAAUACUGUAUAGAGAGCAUAGCACUAAUGCCAAUUAGAAAAAAGAAAAGUAUACUUUUACAUCAGAAAAAGAAUAAAGACAAAGGUUGUCUUUUACAUCAGGUUGGAAUCUAGCUUAACUUCCUAAACAUAUGACCCCCAAAGUUUGUUUCUCAAUGCACCAACAUUUUGCACUUGGUCUCUACACAAAGGUUUGGAAUCUCUCAGUUUUGAUCUAUGGCAACCCUACAGAGGAAGAAUUGCAUCCUAGCUGCUUAUAUAGGCAGGUCGUCAUGAAUAAACCUUUUUGGAUAUAUUAACAUCUCAUACUACUAGCUGACUUGCCAUUUUAGUUCGUGACACCUUCACAAUGAAUUUGCAUUUCCUCAUCCCUACUUUUCUCCUCCUCACCUUUUCCUUCUCAAACACAUUUGUUGGAGGAGCAAUGGAGGGGACAUAUGGAGUAAACUAUGGAAGAAUAUCUGAUAACAUUCCAGCACCGGAACAGGUUGCCACUCUACUCCGGGAAAACAAGAUAAAGAACAUCAGACUCUACGACGCGGAUCACUCGGUCUUGAAGGCCUUCAAUGGGUCAGGAGUUAGAAUUAUUAUCGGCCUUCCAAAUGAGUUUGUGACCGACAUGAGCGCGAGCCAGGACAAGGCCAUCCAAUGGGUGAAAGACAACGUGGAGCCGUUCUUCCCCAGCACGAAAAUCGUCGGAAUCGCAGUGGGAAACGAGAUUCUAGGCGGCGGCGAUAUGCAGCUCUGGCAAGCAUUAGCCCCAGCAGUGAAGAAUGUUUACAGUGCUCUUCAAUCCCUUCACCUGGCCAAAAGCAUUGAAGUUUCCAGCCCACAUUCUGAAGCAGUGUUUGAAACCACCUAUCCUCCUUCAGAUGGUGCAUUCAAGGAAAGCCUUCUCCCAUUCCUCAAACCCCUUCUCCAGUUCUUCUCUCGGACCCGAUCGCCUUUCUACAUUAACGCGUAUCCCUUCCUGGCAUACAAGAACGACCCCGAUCACAUAAACCUCAAAUACGCUCUCUUCGAAUCAAAUUCCGGCAUCUAUGAUGACAAGAACAAGCUGCAUUACUACAACAUGUUUGACGCCAUGGUCGAUGCGUCUUACAUCGCUCUGGAGAAGCUAGGGUAUCCGAAAAUGGAAGUAAUCGUCUCGGAAACGGGAUGGGCUUCGCAGGGAGAUGGGAACGAAGCCGGCGCGGAUGCGAAGAACGCCAUGAUCUACAACAACAAUUUGCGGAAACGGCUGCUGAAGAAGAAGGGGACGCCUUACAGGCCGAAGACUGCGGUGAAGGCUUACAUUUUCGCGCUGUUCAAUGAGAAUCUGAAGCCUGGACCGACUUCUGAGAGGAACUUUGGGCUGUUUAAACAUGACGGGAGUAUCGCGUAUAAGAAUGGGUUUAAAGGACUCGUCUCUCCCGCCUCCUCGUUGAUCUCGUCCACUACGGAAAUCAUGAUUUGUGCAGCAAUGGUGAUUCUGUUUCUGGGAUCAUGAAUUCCAGAACUAUGGUUCUGAUGAUUGUACAGAAAUACUCAUUCAUUUUAUUGAAAUAUAAGCGCAGAAUUUCAAUGGAACUUGUUCAGUCAUCUUGUAUAUCUGCAGUGUUUUUUCUUCUAAACUAGUAUACUACCAGUGCAGCACGGAAAAUAGUAGUUGGUGCAUAUAUUUUCA